AUGGCUGUUGGCGGCUGUUCAUGCGGCAAGAUCCGAAUUACAUAUAGUGGCCAGCCUAUAGCGACGGGACUAUGCCACUGCCUCGAUUGUCGCAAACUUACUGGAGGUCCCUUUUCCUACAACUUUAUCAUAAAAGCCGCCGACCUGAAGGUCACUGGAAGCCCUAAAGAAUUGGCGAAAACGUCGGAUAGUGGAAAUGAUAUCAAAAAUUAUUUCUGUCCCGACUGUGGCACGCCGCUUUUUGGGAGGAAAACAAACGGUGGUCAAGCUGAUGACGUUACGGUCCUCCGAGCGGGAAUAUUCGAUGACAUUGGAAUUCUGGAUGAACGCAAGCCCGACGUGGAGAUAUACACUAUCAGCCGACUAAAAUGGCUAGCUCCCGUAGAGGGGGCUCAUCAGUUUAGCGGCAUGUUUUCACUAUGA